GGAACGAGGAGGACGAAGGGCUGUAGGAUCUCUCUUGCACUGAAGCGCACUCAGGCACGUGCAAUCUCUGUGGUCCCAGUUCCAGCCUUCAGUUCUCUCCCGAGGGGCUGUCCUGGGAUUCGGGCUGUAGCCCUCCUAUCUGGCUGCUUCCUCUCUGCUCUCCCUCCCAGAGCCCAACUGCUGUCAUUCUGUGCCCUGCCAAGGAGGAGGGAACUGCAGUGACAGCAGGAGUGAGAAGCAGGACAGAGUUGUGGUGCACAGAGAGGUAUGAAGAGGGAGAUGCUGAGACCAGGUGAGAGUGAGACAAAGAUAGAACGCUGAGGAGCAGGGUGAGGAGAGUUGAGAGUCGGGGGAGAGCAGAAACUGAAAGAAACAGAAAGGGGGACAAGAAGACAGGAAGACUUGUGAGUCAGCCACUCAGCCAUGCUGGGAGCAAAGCAACACUGGCGACCAGGUCUCUGGCUACCAGGUCUCACACUCAACUCCAGGUUGCCCUUGGCCCUGGUGAUUCUGGCCCUGGGGACCGGAUGGGCCCAGGAGGGAACAGAGCCUGUCCUCCUGGAGGGCGAGUGCCUGGUGGUCUGUGAGCCUGGCAGAGCUGCUGCAGGGGGGCCUGGGGGAGCAGCUCUGGGAGAAGCACCCCCCGGAAGAGUGGCAUUCGCUGCAGUCCGAAGCCACCACCAUGAGCCAGCAGGGGAGAUCGGCAAUGGCACCAAUGGGGCCAUCUACUUUGACCAGGUCUUGGUGAAUGAGGGCGGUGGCUUUGAUCGGGCCUCAGGCUCCUUCGUGGCCCCUGUCCGGGGUGUCUACAGCUUCCGGUUCCACGUGGUGAAGGUGUACAACCGCCAAACUGUCCAGGUGAGCUUGAUGCUGAACACAUGGCCUGUCAUCUCAGCCUUUGCCAACGACCCUGACGUGACCCGGGAGGCAGCAACCAGCUCUGUGCUACUGCCCCUGGACCCUGGGGACCGGGUGUCUCUGCGCCUACGUCGGGGGAACCUCCUGGGUGGCUGGAAAUAUUCAAGCUUCUCUGGCUUCCUCAUCUUUCCGCUCUGAGGGCUCAUGCCUUUCAAGGACAGGAAUCUAGCUGCUGACCUCUGGUCUCUGCCCUCUCCCCUCUCCUGCCCCAAAAGCAACAUAUCUGAGGUCAGAAAGAGGUUCCCUCUGGCUGUUUAUAUUUCACCUUCUUGCAUGGAACCCUGUGCCAAACACCCAAGGUGAUGAGCAGCGCUAUGGUGCCUCAGGCCCGUCCUAACCCCUCCCCCUUCCCAAAAGCUGUCACGGUCUCUCACAGUCUCUCUUUGUCUGCAGCCCUAGGAAGAGGGCAGGAUUUGGCACGUAAAGAGUCCUGCCAUACUUUGCAGACUUUGCUCUUCCUUCUCCCACCCCACCCCCAGCUUCUAGCUCAGUGCUACUCGGAACAGGUGGACAGGUCAGCCGGACAGGCCCCCCACCAGGGCCCAGAUGGACCAGGCUCAGCAUACCCUGCAGGCUCCUUCCUGUGAGGAGUGCCAGCAUCACGGAUCUCAGCCAGCACAGUCAGGAGCUCAGCCAGCUCCAUAUGGACUAGGGCAGGAGGCUCAGCCAGCAGUAGAAGUGUAGGGAGGGCCACUGAGCAGCCCAGGGUCUAUGGCUGGUAGGCCCAGAGGGGGACAUGUGACCAGCCUGAACAAGGCACAUGUUUUUCAUAUAUAUUGGAGCAACCAGCAGGCAGUGAACCUGGGUGUUCAUCCAUAACAAGUCCCAAAUGGACUCUGACUCUUACUUCUCCACCUGAGACAUGGGGAGUGUGUUUGUACCAGCUGAAAGCAGGUGUACAGCACUUCCUUGGGCAGCUGUAAGUAAAAGGUCACAUGUGGGCAAGCGUAGAUCUCCAGGCAUGGAGCACAUCAGUGACCAUAGCCACCUUCUAAAAGGGUCCCUCCGUUGUAGUCUGAUCUUCCGUCAUUCCAUGCUCUGACCACCACGUCCUUCCUCCAGUUGUCUGUUAUCUUCACUGAACCUUUUCUAGACUACCCCACAAUGUCUCUUCUUUCUCCAGAUCUUUACUGUCUUAAACUUUCUAUUACCUUGAAUUCAAUAAUUCAUCCUUUUGACCAAUCUCCUGCCAAUAUUUUAAACUCUCUUAUUUCCCUAUCCCAUUGGCCCAGCAUGGAUGACUCCGUCAAUAAAGCAACUAGAGAACUAUGGUUGAUGAGACAUUAUAAGGUCACUAAAGAUAGGAGGUGCCAUUACAAUUUGGGUCAGGAUAUAACCAGGUAUGUUGUAGAGACUAUAAACCUAUACGUUAGAGUCAAAUAAGAAAGGAUUUAGUAAUGCUUGAGUUAAAUAGGAAAUACCAAUGUGAAUUUGUGGUUUUCAAAAGAAAUAAUUUUUCAAACUAUAUCACUAAAGUAGCAUAGAAACAACAUUAGGAAAAAUUCUGAUAUGCAUUCUUAGCACCUGGAUCUUUGCCUCAAACAUUAUUCACCUUUAAAAGGACUCAGGGUUCCUUGGUGAAUGGCUCUGUAUCGUAAAUAAUUCUAGGCCUGGAACAUGUUGUAGAUGACAGUAAGCAAAGAUACAUUUUUAAAUGUAUAGUACAAAGCUGAGAAGGCAAAGAAACCAAUUUUAAGAGGCGCCCAUCUGACAUUCUGUGACAAUUUGACAAUCAAAAGGAAAAUAAUGUAGUUAAUUGGAACAAGGUGACUUUUUAAAAUUUAUGACUCUAGUGAUAUUCCAAAAGGAAAAAAGUCACUAUGAAGCAUGCAAAAAGACAGUUAAUGUACUGAGUGAAGAAGAAUGAAUAUAUUGGAUAUUUUUAGUUAAUUUUGAUAAACAGAAGAGUAUAAAUAUAGUAGGUAUUUUAACUAUUCAUAAGGUACAUUUACUUUUCUUUAUCUGUAUAAGUAGGGAGGGGUGGAUAUAGAGAGCUGUGAGUAAUUCCAGAAAAAUGUUGGAACUGUACCAAGAAUGAAAGAGACUGAUUGGCACCAUCUGGUCAUAUAUUACAACUAGGAAGAAAGAAAGCCCAACAGAUAACUGCUCACUGCUCAAACUUGAUCCUUUAUCUCUUGGGAAAAGGAGGCUCUGUAUUACCUACUAAUUAAAAUGAUAUUACAGUAAUAGUAAAGCCCAAAAUAAGAAUGGCUUAAACAAGGUAGAAGAGUAUUUCUGUCUCGCAUGGAAGAAUCUGCAAAUCGCCCUGGCUGGUGUGGAUCAGUGGAUUGAUUGCCGGCCUGUGAACCAAAGGGCCGCCACUUUGGUUCCCAGUCAGGGCACCUGCCUGAGUUGCAGGCCAGGUCCCCAGUAGGGGGCGCGUGAGAGGCAACCACACACUGAUGUUUCUCUCUUUCUCUCUCCCUUCCCCUCUAUCUAAAAAUAAAUAAAUAAAAUCUUUAUUAAAAAGUGUUUUUUUAAAAAAAAGAAGAAUCUGAAAAUAGAGUCCAGAGAUAGAUGGCAGUUCUUUUGGGUUCCUGGAUUCAAUUCUUGUGUGUGUGUGUGUGUGUGUGUGUGUGUGUGUGUGUGUGUGUAGGGAGGGAGUGCUUCCCACAAAAUUCCAAGCAAUUCUCAGACACCAGCAGGAUAUCCAAGAUUUUGACUCAAUUCAACACAAUUCUGA